ACUGUCCCCAGAGUUUCGUGUCUCUCCCUUUAUCUCCUGGCUCAGAUGCUCCUGAAGGCAGCAGACGGCUCCGCACUGAAGAAUGAGACUCUGCGGCUGUUUGUUAGCUCUGGAGUCAUUCGUGAGAACCAGACCUUCCUGACGGAUGAGUCUGGCAGAGCCUCCUUCACGCUGGACACCUCCGGCUGGACUGGGACAGUCGCCCUGCGGGGGCACUUCAAGGAGGCAGGUCCCAGCAUGGAGCGUGAUGGAGUCUCUCCCUGUUACCCGGAUGCCCAUCACCGUGUGGAGCCCUUCUACUCCCGGAGCCGGAGUUUCGUGAAGUUCCGCAGGCUGGGCGGGGAGCUGCCCUGCGGCCAGGCCCAGCGGCUCCACGUGGACUAUGUCCUGGCGAGGGAGGCCCUAGGGCGAGGGUCCAAGAGCCUGGAUUUCAUCUUCCUGGUCGUGGCCAAGGGAGCCAUCACCAGGAUUCUCCACAAGCGGCUGAAGUUCACAAAGGGGGCUGGACUGAAGGGCUCCUUCUCCAUGGAGCUGCCCGUCGGCGCUGAGCUGGCGCCGGCUGCCAAGGUGCUGGGUUACACGGUGCUGCCCAAUGGAGAGAUGGCUGCCGACAGCGCCCUGCUGCACGUGGCCAAGUGCCUCCCCAACAAGGUGAAGCUGGCCUUCUCGCAGGACCGGGCCCUGCCGGGCUCGGAGCUCCAGCUGCAGGUGCAGGCUGCCCCCGGGUCCCUGUGCGCCGUCCGCGCCGUGGAUCGCAGCGUGCUGCUCAUGAAGCCUGAGGCCGAGCUCAGCGUCGACACGGUCUAUAACUUGCUCCCUGAUUUUCACCAAGGAGACUCCUAUCAAGGGCAUAAGUCAUGUUACUGUCAGUCCAAUGCUACGGCUACAGUUAUGUCUACUACUCUUCACGGUGUGCCAGCGACAAUUUGGUCUCUCCGGAGGCCGCGCAGAGGGACUCGUGGCAGGGCUGACCCGCUGACCGACCCCAACGGCCUGUUUCAGGAUGCAGCUUUGAAGCUUCUCACCAACACCCGCAUCUGUAAGCAUCAGUUCCAGGAAAUGCCAAUUGCUGCUGCCCAUGAACGAACCUUCCGUUGGGACGUAUGUUCCUAUGGGGGGGAGCAGCCCCCACAGAUCGUCGCUCAGCCGGAGCUCGUGCCCUGUGCCCAGCCGGAGCUGGCGCCGCGUGCGUACUUCCCAGAGACGUGGCUGUGGGACCUGGUGGCUGUGGGCGAGGGGGGCUCGACGGACGUCCCGCUCUCGGUGCCCGACACCCUCACACAGUGGAAAGCCGGGAUGUUCUGCACGGCAGAGGGGGGCUUUGGCCUCUCCCCCACGGCCACCCUCACAGUCGUCAAGACCUUCUUUGUGGAGCUGGCCUUGCCGUACUCCGUGGUCCGGGGAGAGGCCUUCACCCUAAAGGCCACCGUCUCCAACUCCUGGCGGAGCUGCUGGGGCUGGCGAGCUGGGACUGGAGGCUGCGCAGUGGCUCAGGCCAGCGAGUGGCACCAGCAGCUCCUAUCUGUGCGGGUGACGCUGGCGGAGUCGGCGCAGUUCCGGGUGCAGGCGGGUGAGGACGGCGCCUACAGCAGCUGCCUCUGUGCAGACGAAGGGAAAACUUUCCAGUGGGAGGUGACGGCGAGCAGCCUGGGGGAGGUGAAUUUCACCGUCAGCACGGAGGCCCUGCGCACCGAGGAGCUGUGCGGCACGGAGCUGGCCGUGGUGCCGGCCCAGGGGCACAUGGACACCGUGAUCAAGCCCCUGCGGGUCCUGCCGGGGGGGAUCGUGGAGGAGAAGUCGCCCAGCUCCCUGCUCUGCCAGGAAGGGGAGCACACAGAGGCUGAGUACAGCGCCCCCUGCGGCUCAGGAUAUCGCAUUAACCUGACAGAAAUUGAUACAGAAAUGCAAAGUGCCAUUGGGUUUUGGCACUAUGUGGUGGUGAGCCCAGCCCAGCUCUACCACCCGCACACGGGGACGGUGUCAGUUCAUCUCAGCGACCUCAACGAGACCGUCCGGGUGAGCGUCCGGCUGGAGAGGGGGGAGGGGCUCAGCAAUGUCACCCUGCUGGAGAGAGAGGUCCAGGAGCCCCGUCUGCGCGAGAACCUGAGCUUCCAGAAAGCUCGGAUUCGGGACUGUCCGGUUCAAACCCCUGCCCAGGCUGGGGCAGGAACCUGA